GCCCCCUCCCCCGCAGCUCCUACAUAGGUGGGAGGGCAGUGCUGGCGGACAGUGCUGCUGAAUCUCCAGAGGCAAGCUUCCAGAGAGAGCCCAAGAUCCUGGCACAAUGAGGAAGCAUCUGGGCGGAUGCUGGUUGGCCAUUGUCUGUGUCCUGCUGUUCAGCCAGCUCUCAGCAGUCAAGGCCAGAGGCAUCAAGCACCGAAUCAAGUGGAACCGGAAGGCCGUGCCCAGUACCUCGCAGGUCACCGAGGCGCGCACGGCGGAGACCCGCCCGGGAGCCUUCAUCAAGCAAGGCCGGAAGUUGGAUGUCGACCUGGGAGCGGAGGGCAACAGGUACUACGAGGCCAACUACUGGCAGUUCCCCGACGGGAUCCACUACAAUGGCUGCUCAGAGGCCAACGUGACCAGGGAGAAGUUCGUGAGCGGCUGCAUCAAUGCCACCCAGGUGGCGAACCAGGAGGAGCUGUCCCGAGAGAAACAGGACAAUAAGCUUUACCAGCGGGUCCUGUGGCGGCUGAUCAGGGAGCUCUGCUCCAUCAAGCACUGUGAUUUUUGGUUGGAGAGGGGAGCGGGACUUCGGGUCAGCGUGGACCAGCCCGUGCUGCUCUGCCUGCUGGUUUUCAUUUGGUUUAUUGUGAAAUAAGCUUGCAGGCCGGCCGGCUGGCCAUGGGGAUGAGAUGGGGAGCCAUCGCUGGGGUAUCCCAGUUCUCCUCUAAGCCCCAAACCCUGCGUGCCCCAAAGGUACCCAAGAGCUGUGAUUCUUCAGUCCCUCAAGGCGCACUGGCAAGUCUCCCCUGGGGAAUCUGUCUGUAUCAGGUAAAUGUGUGUGUACCGAGCCCCUGCGGACUCUCCCGAGGGUGACCUGGCAGUCCCUGCCUCUUCAGCUCCCCAGGGAGUGUCUGGCAUGUCGCAUUCUGCAGUAGAAAAAUGUUCGCUGAACAGAGAAGAGAAGGUGCCAGGGACGGGGCCAUACACUUCUCCGCAUCCCCAACCCCUCCUAGAGACAGAGGUUCUUCCCACUGUGUAGAGAAGGAAACUGAGGCUCCAAAAGUUGAAGAGGCUAGAAAGUAGCAGAGCCAGAAUGCGACCCUGGUUUGUCCAACCCCAGAUCUUCCACUGGGUGCAAUCCCAGAGCUGCCCUGUGAUUCCUUUAAGGCUCACCCAACCCAAACCCAAACCCAAACCCAGAUUUCCACCUGAGCUGAUGGCCGUGGAUUCUGCUACCUUGCUCCAGGCAGGUUGUAUUUAAUUCUUCUAAUUAAACUAAGACACAGUAAAGGGAUGAGAUGAACAUAGAGGUAAAGAGAGAGAAAAGGCCAGAAAUCAUGGUGUAAGGUGAUCUUGCCUGGCUAAAUUCUCAGAGCAGAGCAUUUCCACAGCGGGAUGUGUCUACUCAAAGAUUUCUUUCACAAGAAGGAUAAGUGUUUGCUGUUCCUCUCUCUGAAAUAGCACCUGGAUUUGAGAAAAUAUUUUUAAAUGACACAUUUGCUUUGUAACAUUCCCCUAGCGCUAGGUGCCUCUUUUUCUGUACCUGUGUGGGAGAAUCCUGAACUCUACUCCCUUUACAUGGGUCUGCUGGCCAAUCGCCAACUGUUCUUUUAACAGCUGUUGGGGGUGGGGCGGUCAUUUCUGUGAGCCACUUGUCACUAUAAAAAAAUAAU